UCUGUUAAAACGAUAUCGUGUAUUUAAAAAUUUAUCAGCUGCACACAUAGAACAGUUUAAUAGACUCACGUGCUUCAUUGGAUUAUGCUGCUGUUAAACAAGCUAAGUCUCAAAUAGUUCCAAUAAAAAAUUCCUAACCUUGCUUUUUUUACCUGAUUGCUUAAACUAAAAGACAAAUUUUGCAAUUGGUCCUGUAAUUCAGGGAAUUUUUAAUCAACUUAUUGUGUAUAAAUCAGACUUCAAUCUGAAAUUUAAAGUAUUUUGAAAUUCAACUUACAAGAAAAACUCAAGAAAGAGCUAAAGUACAAUCGACAGAAGAUAACAUUUAAAAUGGAUGCGUCCUUAAGAGAUGUGGAGUACCCGAACAAGUCUCUGGUUCUGAUUGGUCCAGAUGGCGGGACGACUAGCAGCAAGUUUAGCUCUCAAACGCACUAUGACCAGAUUUACAACCAGAAGGACGCCCAGAAGGAACCCUCAGUGACAUCUGGGGCAAUGGCACCAGUGCUGAACUAUAGCCAGUUUGUAAAGAGACAUGCGCCUCAUCCGUUCCGAGUUCGACACAUGAAAGGUUUGCUGGACAACCCAAUCUGCCACGUGAUCGACGACAUCCCUCUUCCCCAGCAGAACAGUCUGUACAACAGGAGCAUCUCUACCCCUGAGAGGGCCAAAGAGUACUUCAACGGGAGGAGCAGCAUCAACCACAUGGACAUCGCACUCAGACUCAAGAACCCUAAGGAAAUCAUCCUACCAUCAACACAAAGAGAUCAGAUGAAGUUCAACACGCAAGAUGUCACUGGUUGGAGAUCAGAGCUGUCCAGACUGACCCAGAGAACCCUGGACAAAGAUGAUCACGUGUCGCAGUCUCAAGCCAGAGGGAAUCCCAAGAGCCACUCUCGACAAACCGGGAGAUUGAACGAGCCGACUCAAGUCAAAAAAGCGAGCCGUAUGGCACCCAGAGUCUCAGACGGAGUCGCCGGAAGAGGAACUCUAUCCAGUCAACUGGGAUUGAUUGACACUCAGAAGGAAUUCGGAAUGGACAGUGAAGCGCUGGUUAUGGAACUUUUGAGUCAGGAACUUGGGACCGCCUCUAUCACAGCAAUCCAAACUUGGCUCUGCAGUGCUACAGAAGCUGAAAAAAGGACUGCGGCUGACAUGGUGCGACGUGUAGUCGAACAGGAAAUGGGUCGAAGGACUGCGAACCAGUAAAUUGAGCAACACUUGAAGUAACAGCUUUAGAAGCGGAAAUCAGUUGGAAAAAGAAAUCACUUGACCUAAUAAUGUUUGAAAUCAUUGACGAUGAAUUAAUUUUAGAUUGAGA